CAUGUCUCCAUUUUCACCACUAACCCAGCUUCAUUUGUCUGUCUUAAGAGAGAGAAAAUCCCAAGAUUUUAUUUUUUAGAGAGAGAAACACACUAAACAAAUCAAAUGAUGAUGAUCCAUCGCCAACAUCCGACGGUUGAUAUUCCACAAUGGGACCCACCUUACGAAGAUCCAACGACCCCCAUUUUCUCCCCUCAAACAAACGAUUAUUUCGCUGCUUUGAAGCGUUAUUUGCCGUCUUCCGAGUUCGAUGACUCGGACACUGAGUCGACUGAUCUCCCCUUUGACUCGUUUACAUGCGACAACUUUCGAAUGUACGAGUUUAAGGUACGGAAGUGCGUACGUGGCAGGUCACAUGACUGGACUGAGUGUCCGUACGCUCACCCAGGUGAGAAGGCUCGCCGGAGGGACCCACGGAAGUACCAUUACUCCGGUACGGCGUGCCCGGAGUUCCGCCGUGGGAGUUGCCGGAAAGGUGACUCGUGCGAGUACGCGCACGGGGUGUUCGAGUGCUGGCUUCAUCCCGCUCGGUACAGGACUCAGCCGUGCAAAGAUGGGCCCCACUGUAAACGCCGUGUUUGUUUCUUUGCUCACUCGCCUGAGCAGUUGCGUGUUCUCCCUUCUCUGUCCGAGUCACCCCGUCGAAUCGGAGGAGGUGACACGUGUAAGGGGUUUGUCGGGUAUUCGCCGACAUCGGUGUUUGAGUCUUUCCCUGAGUCGCCGCCGUUGUCGCCGUCAGUGAGUGAGCUUGCUAGUGCUAUGAGAGGGUUACAGUUGGGGAAGCUUGGAAUGGGCCUAAACCCAAGCCCAAACCCAAACCCAAGGAAUGUUUGGGGGGUUCAGAUGGGGUGUUCUUCGCCGAGAAGUCCAAGAGGGUUUAUGGGAAGUGGGCUUUGUGGUGGGUCAAGUGGGCCGACUACUCCGAAUAGGUCUGGGCUUGGGCUAUUUGACCCGUUUGAUGUGGGUUUUGAGGAGGAAGUUCCAAUGGAAAGAGUUGAAUCAGGGAGAGAUUUGAGGGCGAAGAUCUAUGCGAAGCUGAGUAAGGAGAACUCGCUUGAUUGUGACCGAGUUAACUCAGUGAGUUCUGGGCCUGAUUUUGGGUGGGUUUCUGACUUAAUCAAGUGAUUUCAUUUGAGGGUAUUUUGGGGAAUUCAUGAUUGUGAAUAUGAUGAAGACGAAUUUCAACUUUUUCACUGUAAAUAUUGUUUGGAAAUUCCAAAAAAAAAAAGAAAAAAUUUAGUAGGUGAAAUUACUAAAAUGUCUCCUAUUUUGAGGGAUGCUUUUUUGGAGGCAUUUGGUUGGCGGGGUAAAAAUGGAAAUUGAAAAAAAAAAAAAAAAAAAGAAAAUGAAGAAUGUACAGAUGGCGAAGAUCUAUUAUUGAGUGGAUGAUUUGGAACUUGGAAGUAUUUAGAUUUUUAUCUACUUUAUUUUUCUUUUUGAUUUUAAAUUUUUUUGGAGGGUAGUCGGAAUUUGUAUUUGGUGCACCGUUUGUUAAUUGUUAUUGUUAUAUGGCCUUUAUUAUGAUGUUAAUUGUGGGUCUAAUUUCGAGAUUAUUGAUUUUCUGAUAAUUAUGAAAAAUAUUAUUAUGUAAUUAGAGCGUUUAAUCUUGGUUU